AUGAAAAUGGCAAUCCUCAGAAGAAAAUCAGCAAAUAAAUUCCUCUAUCAAUCAUUUAAACUAGUAGACACACCUUUAGGAAAUAAGAGUGUGAAUAAUUCAAACCCUCUAAGAAAGCAAAUAAAAUGGAAUAAUCUAUUAGAAGAAAUUAGAGAAUUUAAAAAGAAAGAUUAUGAGAAUGAAUAUAUUAUUAUUAACAAGCUCCCAGAUGAUGAUGAGUUAGUUGAGUAUUGGCACAUUUUCCAAGGAUAUGAUACUCCAUGUUUAGUUUGUAAUUUUAAUGAUGUUGACCAUCAUAGUUAUAUGAUUACAAGAAAAAAGAAUCUUAAAGUUCAAAAGAUUUUAAAGCAACAGGAUAACAGGAAGCCAAUUAUAUCUAAAAAUAACAAAUCUAACAAGCCUCAUAACCUAGGCUAUGUGAUGAAUAUUAUCUAUAAUGAUGUUGGAAUAUUCCUAUCAAAAAGGAUCAACAAACAUAAGAAAAUAUAUAACCUCUGGCAAGUUCCUGGUGGAAAAAUUGAAGAAAAUGAGUAUUCAAUCGAAGCAGUUAUUAGAGAAACAGAAGAAAAAAUAGGAUUAAUUAUUAAAAAUGAUAUACCAAAACUUAUUUUUAAUGAUUCUGGAUUUAAUUGCGACAUCUAUAUCACCAAAGUAAAUAUGAACACAACCCUCAGAAACACUGAACUGGAUAAGCAAAAAAAUUUAGAGAUAUCUAGAAUGAUCGCUCAAGCUCAAUGGGAGGAACAUAAACCCCAGGAUGCAUAUUUUGCUGAAGCUGAAGUUUUUGAAAGGAAAAUUAAUGUGAUGAUUGAUACAGGAGCUGUGAAAUAUAUCAUCAUUAAAAGUUUCUUAGAUUCUGUGCAUAAGGAUAUUGAAGUAUCUACAAAUAUACAAAUAAUUAGUAUUAUAGAAGCAAGGAUAGCACCUUUAGGAAAAAUGUUAAAAGUAAGUAUAAAAAUAGGAAAGUUUGAAAUCAUAGUUACUGAAUCCUUUAGAUAUAAUGUUCUACUUGGAAAUGAUUGGAUAACUAUACAAGCAAAGGCUAUUAUUGAUACAAGUAAACAAAUUAUGAUAAUCAAACAAAAUAAUGAAACUGAUAUUGUUCCAAUCAUGUACUUUUCCAAGAUCAAUCCAAAAGUAUUUAUUCUUAUAGAUUUUGUUGAAGAAAAAUAUGAUGAUUUAGAAAUUGAAGAAAUAUAUAAAAACCUUAACACUAUCUGA